CGACGGGGGGGCCGCUGGAGCAUCCCGCACCCAUCCUUCCGUUCAUCUAUCUGUCUGCCUGCCCCCCCACCCCCACCCCCCUCCUUUCUCCCUGUCCUUGUGCGUAACGGACGCACCGUUUCUGUUGCGCGCUGAGCCCACCCCAGCGCUGGUGAUUCUGAACCACUCUGCCACGCUUUUCCCCGGCGGAUGCUCCAUGUAUGGAUGCGCCAAGUGGAGCGAUGCUGUAGGCUGCCCGGAGACGGAGUGAAAAGCAAAAAAAUCUAGGCUGUAGAGGAGAUUGAAGCAGAGGAGGCAGCGGAGGAUCCUGGCGCUGCUUUGAAUGGCCAGAGGAUUCAGCCUCUGCGGUCGUUGAGUCUGAGUUGCUGAGGUGACAGGUGUGUGCCCGUAUAACCACACAGAUCUCCAGCUCUUCUGCUCAUACGCUCGGCCACCGGCAGCAUGGCAGGGGCUUCGGUGAAGGUGGCGGUGAGGGUCAGACCCUUCAACUCCAGAGAGAUCGGCAAGGAGAGCAAGUGCAUCAUUCAGAUGUCAGGAAACACCACAACGAUUCUCAACCCUAAACAGCCAAAGGAAAACAAGAGCUUCAACUUUGACUUUUCUUAUUGGUCACACACAACGCCUGAGGACAUCAACUAUGCGUCCCAGAUGCAGGUGUACAAAGACAUCGGAGAGGAGAUGCUGCUUCACGCAUUUGAAGGAUACAACGUUUGCAUAUUUGCAUAUGGUCAGACAGGAGCAGGCAAAAGCUACACCAUGAUGGGACGACAGGAAAAGGACCAGCAGGGGAUCAUACCCCUGUUGUGUGAGGACCUUUUCACCAAAAUCAAUGACAGCAAUAAUGAUAACAGCAUGUCGUACUCUGUGGAGGUGAGUUACAUGGAGAUCUACUGUGAACGUGUUCGUGAUCUGUUGAACCCCAAAAACAAAGGAAACCUGCGCGUCAGGGAGCACCCUCUGAUGGGACCCUACGUUGAAGACCUGUCCAAACUGGCUGUCACCUCCUACAACGACAUCCAGGACCUGAUGGACUCUGGAAACAAAGCCAGGACGGUGGCUGCAACCAACAUGAAUGAGACCAGCAGUCGCUCGCACGCCGUCUUCAAUAUCAUCUUCACACAGAAGAAACACGACAUGGAGACAGACAACACAUCAGAAAAGGUCAGCAAAAUCAGUCUUGUGGACUUGGCUGGCAGCGAGAGGGCCGACUCAACAGGAGCCAAAGGAACCCGACUGAAGGAAGGAGCAAACAUCAACAAAUCUCUGACCACAUUAGGAAAAGUUAUUUCUGCUCUGGCUGAACUGGACUCAGCACCAAACAAGAACAAGAAAAAGAAGAAGGUGGAGAGUUUUAUUCCAUACAGAGACUCAGUCCUGACUUGGCUACUGAGGGAAAACUUGGGAGGAAACUCUCGCACAGCUAUGGUUGCUGCUCUCAGCCCUGCAGAUAUUAACUAUGAUGAGACCCUCAGUACCCUCCGGUACGCUGACCGCGCCAAACAGAUCCGUUGCAACGCUGUGAUCAAUGAGGACCCCAACAACCGCCUGGUGCGUGAGCUGAAGGAGGAAGUGGCUCGCCUCAAAGACCUACUGUACGCACAGGGACUGGGAGACAUCAUAGAGAACCUGUGCGAUUACAAGAACUUUGUGAAUAAUCGCCAGGCUGUCAAUCAAAGGGGUGAUCUCUCCACAGUGACCAAUGCCAUGACGGGAAUGAGCCCCUCCCCCUCGCUCUCGGCCCUGUCCAGUCGCGCCGGUUCCAUCACCAACCUUCACGACCGCAUCUUCAGCCCAGCCAGCGAAGAAGCCAUUGAGAGGCUCAAGGAAACAGAGAAAAUCAUUGCAGAGCUCAAUGAAACUUGGGAAGAGAAACUGCGACGUACUGAAGCAAUUCGUAUGGAAAGGGAGGCCCUGCUGGCAGAGAUGGGUGUUGCCAUGAGAGAAGAUGGAGGAACUGUGGGUGUUUUCUCUCCCAAGAAGACUCCUCAUCUGGUAAAUCUGAAUGAGGACCCACUGAUGUCUGAGUGUCUGCUCUACUACAUUAAAGAUGGCAUUACCAAAGUUGGCCGUGAAAAUGCAAAGACUCGCCAAGACAUUGUUCUCAGUGGCCAUUUUAUCAGAGACGAACACUGCACCUUUAGCAGCACCACAGGUCCACAUGGAGAAGGAUGUGUCGUGUUGGAGCCAUGUGAGGGGUCGGAGACAUAUGUCAACGGGAAGAGGGUCACUUCACCAAUUAUUCUGCGGUCAGGAAACCGUAUCAUUAUGGGCAAGAGCCACGUGUUCCGUUUCAACGACCCUGAGCAGGCUCGGCUGGAGCGUGAGAGGACGCCGUGUGCUGAGACGCCGGUGGAGCCUGUGGACUGGGCCUUCGCUCAGAGGGAGCUGCUGGAGAAACAAGGCAUCGACAUGAAACAGGAGAUGGAGCAGAGACUUCAGGAGCUUGAGGAUCAGUACAGAAAAGAAAGAGAAGAAGCCAGUAACCUGCUGGAACAGCAGAGACUGGACUAUGAGAGUAAACUGGAAGCACUUCAGAAACAAGUGGAUUCUCGAUACCUGGAGUCACCAGAGGAAGAGGAGGAGCCUGAAGAGGAAGUCCCAUGGACCAAACGUGAGACUGAGCUGGCUCUGUGGGCUUUCCGAAAGUGGCGUUUCUACCAGUUCACCUCUCUUAGGGACCUUCUGUGGGGCAACGCCAUCUUUCUUAAAGAAGCCAAUGCUAUCAGUGUCGAGCUGAAGAAGAAGGUUCAGUUCCAGUUCGUCCUGUUGACAGACACUCUCUACUCUCCACUACCCCCCGACCUGCUGCCCCCCAGUGUGGCCAAAGAGAGGGAGAGACGACCUUUCCCACGGACGAUUGUAGCAGUUGAAGUACAGGAUCAAAAGAAUGGAGCCACACAUUACUGGACUCUGGAGAAACUCAGGCAGAGGCUGGACCUGAUGAGGGAAAUGUACGAUCGAGCUGCUGAGCUGCCCAGCAGUGCAGUGGAGGACUGUGACCACGCCCUCACAGGAGGAGACCCCUUCUACGACCGCUUCCCCUGGUUCCGCCUGGUCGGCAGGGCUUUUGUGUAUCUGAGUAACCUGCUGUACCCGGUGCCUUUGGUGCAUCGUGUGGCCAUCGUCAGUGAAAAAGGAGAAGUGAAAGGCUUCCUCAGAGUGGCUGUGCAGGCCAUCUCAGCUGAUGAAGAGGCUCCUGAUUAUGGUUCUGGUGUGAGGCAGUCAGGCACUGCCAAGAUCUCAUUUGAAGAUAAACAGUUUGAAAAGUUCCAGACGGAGUCGUGCCCUGGUGGUCUGUCGCACUCCAACACCUCUCAAGAGGAGCUGCGAAUCGUCGAGGGAGAAGGACAGAACGCUGAGAUGGGAAUAUCUGCAGAUGAAGUCAACAACAACACCUGUGCAGACACCAAACGUCUUAUUUGUCUUGAAGCCACUCAGGAGGCUCCAAACAGCCCUGUGAAGACCUUAGGUUUAGGUCUGGACCUUCCUCUGGAUCUGUCCCCCGAGAAAGCUCUGUCCCACCUGAAGAUCGGCAGCACAUUCACCUUCAGGGUCACAGUCCUGCAGGCGUCCAGUAUCUCUGCAGAGUACGCUGACAUCUUCUGCCAGUUCAACUUCAUCCAUCGUCAUGAUGAAGCUUUCUCCACUGAACCGCUGAAGAACACAGGCAGAGGACCACCUCUGGGCUUCUACCAUGUACAAAAUAUCACAGUGGAAGUGACCAAGUCAUUUGUGGAGUACAUCAAGACUCAGCCCAUCGUCUUCGAGGUGUUCGGUCACUAUCAGAAACAACCAUUCCCUCCGCUCUGCAAAGACCUGAUCAGUCCACUUAGGCCUUCGAGGAGACAGUUCCCCAGAGUGAUGCCUUUAUCCAAACCAGUCCCCGCCACUAAACUCAGCACCCUGACCCGCUCCACCGCCGGGCCUUGUCACGCCAAAUAUGACCUCAUGGUUUUCUUUGAGAUCUGUGAGCUGGAGGCAAAUGGAGACUACAUCCCAGCUGUUGUUGACCACCGAGGGGGGAUGCCCUGCCACGGGACGUUCCUGUUACAUCAGGGCAUUCAGCGGAGGAUUACAGUUACCAUUGCUCAUGAAACCGGAAACGAUAUUGAGUGGAAGGAGGUGAAGGAGCUGGUUAUCGGUCGUAUUCGAAACACUCCAGAGGCUGAUGAGACUAUCGUAGAUCCAAACAUCCUGUCUCUCAACAUCCUGUCUUCUGGAUAUUUUUGGCCAAAACAUGACGACAACGUCUCCUUGGGAGUUGACCAUAGAACUUUCUACCGAUUUGAGGCGGCAUGGGACAGCUCCAUGCACAACUCUCUCCUCCUGAACAGAGUCACUCCCUAUGGGGAAAAGAUCUACAUCACCCUCUCUGCUUACCUAGAGAUGGAGAACUGCACUCAGCCAACGGUGAUCACCAAAGAUUUCUGCAUGGUGUUUUACUCCCGGGACACCAAGCUUCCAGCCUCCCGCUCCAUCAGAAACCUCUUCAGCACCGGCUGCUUCAGGCCAUCUGAGAGUAACCGUGUCACAGGAGUCUAUGAGGUCACUCUCUGCCACGUGGCCGACAAUGGCAGUCCAGGAAUGCAGCGUCGCCGCAGACGUGUGCUGGACACCUCUGUGGCGUACGUCCGAGGAGAGGAGAACCUGGCUGGAUGGAGGCCCCGCAGUGACAGCCUCAUCCUCGACCACCAGUGGGAGCUGGAGAAACUCAGUUUACUGCAGGAGGUGGAGAAGACCAGACAUUACCUGCUACUGAGGGAGAAGCUGGAGGCCACUCUUCAGGCUGGACAGGACGCGCUCUACAAGAACAAUGAUAUCAGCGACUUUGCAAAGAGUCCUGUCCUGAGCCACAGUCCUGGCAGCAGCCCUGUCCCUGAGAGCCCCAACCAGAGGCAGAGGGAGCUGGCUGCCAAGUGUCUGCGUCUGCUGAUGCACACCUUCAACAGGGAGUACAGCCAGGUGAGCAGCAGUGCCAGUGAGAGCAAGCUUUCGGAGAUGUCGGCAUCGCUAAUGAGAGAUUCGUCCUCCUCUGCUCUGAGCUCGCUCACUCCGUCCUCCACAUGCCCCUCACUGAUCGAGGGACACUAUGACAUCAGACACACUGAGCCCAGUUCAGGAGCGUCCACUCCAGAUCUGGACCCUUACAGCCCUGUGGACAGAAAGAAAACCCUCAGGGGAUGCACGUUUGUUCCUGACAUACAGGAGAUCCGCGUCAGCCCUAUCGUGUCAAAGAAAGGCUACCUACACUUCCUGGAGCCCCACACCAGCGGCUGGGUGAAGCGCUACGUGGUGGUGCGGCGGCCCUACGUCUACCUGUACCGCAGUGAGAGGGACAGCGUGGAGAGAGCCGUCAUCAACCUGUCAUCUGCUAAGGUGGAAUACAGCGAAGACAAACAGACCCUACUGCGGACCCCUAACACGUUUGCUGUGUGCACCGAGCAUCGUGGGAUACUGCUCCAGGCCACCAAUGACAAAGAGAUGCAUGACUGGCUGUACGCUUUUAACCCUCUCUUAGCUGGUACCAUCAGGUCAAAACUGUCGAGAAGAAAGUCGAUCCAGUCUGUCCAGUCGGUCCAGUCUGUGCCGUCUGCUCAGAGGAUGUGAAACUGGUGGAAAACUUCAAACAAAAGCAAAACAAUCCAAUCUUAAAGCUCCACAACUUACCAUCCUGCUCUAAUGAACAUAUACAAACUCGUACAUAAAAUCAUUUAAAUAACCUUGUAUAUGACGAGUCCAGCCCCAGUCCCAAACAUCACGUGAUUGCUCAUCCUGAAACCCAAGAAAACCGUCAUAUCUCUCUUUUUGCAGUCGCUCUCAGUAGCCACCUUAAACCCCUGCAUGGUGUGCUCCCUCCUUAACCCUUAGAAGAACACAUAAGACAAACUAACCACCCAAAACCUGUUAAGGAACGCUCCUCUGCUGGGCUACGGGACUAUAGCUCGGAUUAGUCUUAGGUUUUCAUGUACAUGUAGAUCUUUUCCUGUAGAAAUAUAGUGGUAAACAGUUGAUGAGUCCCUCCUUCAUAAGGCCCAGUUGUAGACCAACCAUCCAUGUAUUCCUAAACAAUGCCAUCAGUGGAGGUGGAAAAUGAAAACAUCUGGCUUGUUGCCAUCAAACCAGAUGUUUCUCUGUGCACAAGUGUGUUAAGUGCAGGGAUAAUAGCGCCGCAUUCCUCCUACAUCCAUCAUCUACCGUUACCUCAGUUUGUAAUGGCUUGGUGCUCUACAGCAUAGAGUAUUUGUUUCACUGCAGAGGUUUCAGAUAGCAACCAGACAGCUCGUCAUUUUAACAUAAAAGUAGCAUGAGGGAAUUGCUAGGACUUAAGGGUAAAAGUUGUCGUACCUGUGUCUGUGUAAUUUUUUAACUGCUUUCUCUGAAAACUGAGUACAUUGGCAAAAAUAAUCCACUGUCAAAAAUGUAACUCGUGUUCUCGCCUCCGUUUCUGUAUUUUUUACAUAAUCCAACGUGUGUGUGUGUGUGUGUAUAUAAAACGGAUAAACUUAUUUAUUGUUGCUCUUGUAGGAUUUCUGCAUUAUUAUUUGUGACAGGACCACCGACCAGUUUUGUUGCAUGGCACUUUAUUGUAUUGAGUUAAUGUGUUGUAUCAUUUACUCAGUUGUUUUUAACCAAAGCAUUGUUUCCUUGUUUCACUUGUUUCCACUGUGCAGUUGUGUUACCAGACAUUGCAGAAUAUUAGAAAAUGAGCUUAAGUAGUCAACCUAAAUUGACUUAAGAUGUUUUACAUGAUGAACGGACCUGUUCUUUCAGUUGACAAAGCACUUAUUGUGUCCGUUAUGGGCGAGCAGAGUUGCUGCAUUGCAUUUUAUGAGUUUACUGUUUAAGUCUUUGCUCCUCUAGUAGCUAAAUGGAAAGUUGUAAGAGAUCGUGGACCUCCAGUCGUUAUGAGAGCAAUUGCUUUGAGUGGGCAAGUGUGUUGUCCAUGCACCGGAUAGUGCCUCCCUUUCUUCACCUCUGUCUCUUCUUUCUCGUGUAUCUAUAUAUAUAUAUAUAUAUCACCGUCUUAUCGUCACCAUAGCAUUUAGUUACAAACUGAAGCUUUCACGUAGAGGAAAAAGUAGAUGUUAUCUUUUUUAUAUUGAUUGAUCUAUGUUCUUAACGUUUUGGAGAGUGAGUAUUAUCACUGAUGUUAUGUAGUUUGUAACGGUACAGUACAGCGUCUCUCUCAUUACUUAAAAGCAAUUUCCCUCCUUGCUUUUUGUACUGUAGCUGCUAGAUAUUUGACUGCCUGACGCUUGUGACAGAAACAAGUAAAGCUCGGUGUUAUUAUGGCAUUUAUGUUCAAGGAUGGUUUAUAAUUGUUUGUACCUGUCUACACUGUACCAGGAUGACCCAAAACUGGUGUGAAAAUAAUUUAAUCACUUUAUCAGAGUGGUAAAUUGAAUAAAAAAAGCCCUGCCUCACUUUUGUUUAAGUGAAAAUAUGAGGCUUUGUUUUGUGCUUUUUCAUUUUAAUAGAUUUAAGUGGUUUCAAUCAUAGGUUUAAGACUUGGCCAACCAGCCAAUUUGUCUUUCCUAUUUCCUCUUGUUUUCUAACUGGUUAUGAUGAGUGGAGAUUUAGUAUGCAGGACUGUAAGCCACAGGCCAGCCAACCUGCUGAGCAAUGCAGCUUGAUACUGAGAAAAUCUGCUUUAUCUAAAUAUUACAAAGCAAACCCAAAGUUAUGUUUUAAAUGUGAUGUUAGGGCUUUUUGGUUGUGCUUUUUUGUGUGUGUGUGUCCUUGUAAAAUGAAUGUGUAAUGCAAUAUUGAUGACAUCUGAAUGUUUUGGGUCAUCUUGGUGUAUUCUCUUUCUGUUUGUGUUAUAAAAUGCUUGUAGAUAAAAUCUGUGAGUUGCCUGCUGGAACAGAAGACAAAAUGGAAAGUUUUAUUUAUUUGAGUCCUGACAGAUGGAUUAUGUUUCUACAAUAUAUUGCACUGUUUAUUUAAGUUCAUAUUAUGUACAAAGCAUUUUUAUUUUUUAUGAUUUUCUAUGCUCAUGUUUAAAGAAUGUAAGGAAAAGACUGGUGAGUUUAACAGUAAGAUAUGAAGGGAGGAGAAGAUUAUAUUCCGGUGCCAUUUUUGCUUCAGCAAUCAAACCACUGCACCGAAUUACAUAGAUUUUUUUUUUUUUUUUUCACAACUAGCAGAUGACUUACAAUGCUUCCAGCCCAAGGGUAUCACGUUUAAAAAAUACUUUGUGAGACAGUUAUAGUGCAUUGGCCAAUAAUUGUUGAAAGGCAAAUGAGUUGAUUAUUUUAUAUUUGGCUGCUUUUUAACUGUCAUAGCUUUGGAUCGAAGCAUGCAGGUCCUCUUCUCUUCUACUGUACUGAUUUUGCCUCUGUCCCUCUCUCCUGCCUUACCGCUUGCUAAUGACAACAGCUUUCCCCCCCUGAAGUGCUACUUGUAAAGUAUUAUCAUCCAUGAUCCUUGUAAUGACUAACUGGAAACCUUCCUCUUGGCUCUGUCUUGUAUAUAAAUGGAGAUUUCUGUGUUGGGUCUCAUCACACAGAUGAUAUUAACUCUCUCUUCCUCUCUAUACCAUGAUGAUAAGAAACUGGCCUGCUGCUUUGUCAAGUGUCACUUGAAGCGUUACGAGUGCUGAUCUGGGUUCAGUUUUGCACAUUUCAGCUCAGUGUGGUCGAGGUGGUUGACACGGACCGGGUCGUUGAUCCCAAGUCUGCACUCGGAGCUCUGCGCUGCUUGACAGAAACAGAAACAGGCCCCAGCCUGUGAUGAAAUCUUAAUCUCAGUGCUCACGUUUAUCUUUUGAGUGUUCUGGAGUUCUUUCUCAUGUCUGUGGACACGUAACAAAAGUUGUCAAGAAAAAAAUAAGGCGAAUAAAUAAAUGAGUGUUGAAACUUAA